AUGCAGUCAAACAACUCGCGCCAAAACCUCCCCAUCAACUCGAUGCUCUUCUACGAUAAGAGAGAGAGCCCAUGUCCAUCGGCCUUUAUCUACCGCCUGCGUGAACCGAGUCUGGUGAGCCUGCGCGCAUCACUGGACCCGAGUCUCACUGCGCUACCCCGGUUCUCUGCCAUCAUUUUGACGACUACUCCGACUGUUGUGGAAGAGAAUGAAGAGGAAGAGGAAUUGGUUGCUGUCAAAGAAUCACGGCGGAAAAAGUUCUCCGCGCGUAUCAGGAGGCUGCUUUGUCUUGGCUGCAAGCCAGAACACAAAAAGGAACGUCAAAUGAAGGAGAGGGAGGAGGUUCGUCUUUGGCAACCUGCGCAACCGGGGAUAUCAACGACUUGCAGUGCUGGCACUCCGAAUUUCUCGAGUUGA